CCUGCUGACACGUAAAAAGGCUAUCGUUCAAACGUAGCAAUCGUACUCCAACGGCUAUCUUUACUAGAAUCGCUAGUCUCCGUUACUGUCUAUAAAUACAUUCAAGCAUCGCUACGACAUCCCCCCUCUUCUCUUCUCCUCCCGGCCAUUUUGCACAUAUCGAUAGUUACAUCUAUCUCCUUGUAAUCCGUAAAUUGUAACCAUGCCUCAUGCCCAGUCCCCAGAGAGGGACAUUGCAAGCUACAAUGGCGACAAACUCUAUGUAAACGAUGGCCUGCUCAGGCCAGACCAAGUAGGCGGAUUGAAAGAAUCCACCGCCGAUAUGCCCGUCGAGGAGCUGCGUCGACGAUACAACGAGGACGGAUAUAUCUUCCUCAAGGGCCUCCUACCACGAGAAGAUGUCCUCAAGGCUCGCGAAGAAUACUUCAAGAUGCUUGAACCCAGCGGGGUGCUGAAGCCCGGUACAGCUCCCGUCCAAGGUGUAUUUGAUGAAACAAAAGAUAAAGCCGACUACCCCGGCAUUGGCGCUGGCGCCGCCGAUAACAAUGGCAAGCCUGGAGCUGCUACGGCCGAGAAAUUCGUCGACCUGGCCCUUGAAGCCCAUUAUGCACAUUGGUACAAAGAGACCUUUUGUAAGCACCCUGUUCUCAAAGAGACGAUUGCGCGCAUUUCUGGGUGGGGCGAUAGUACCCUUGGUGUAAGGAGAAGUCUUUUGAGAAACAACACGCCUGGAAACAAAGCCAUUGGCGUGCACUAUGAUCAAAUCUUCCUUCGACAUGGAGAGCCAACAAGUUUCACCGCUUGGGUCCCAAUGGGCGACAUCAGCUUGACAGGAGGUGGAUUGAUCUACUUGGAAAAUGGCCACACUCUCGGUCGGGAAGUCGAGGCCGAGUUCACUAGAAAAGCGAAGGAGAGUGGACUCUCAGACGAGCAAACCAAGAAUGCCUUCAAUCAGAACAUGCUCUCAACUGGGUUGCUUGCAGAUGGGCCCAAGGAAUAUUCUGAUGCCUUCCAGCGGCGCUGGCUAGUGACUGCCUAUGAAGCAGGAGACGUGGUUCUUCAUACACCGUAUACUAUUCAUGCAUCAACAAUGAACUUUGACCACGACAAUAUCAUUCGGGUCGGGACCGAUCUCCGUUUUGUCGACUCGAGUAAACCAUGGGAUAAGCGAUGGGAUAAAGACUACGAGUUCAACGAUGGAGUAUAGUUCAAUCGAGAUCGAUACUGUUCGAACAUAUGCAUUAGCGAUUCAUGAUACGAAUGUAGCUCAUUUUGCAUCGGUACCUUAAUUUGACUAGGUUACAUAAUUCAAACACCUUGUU